AUGUCUCCAGCCAAUACGUCAUGUAUUCACCCCUCAUCCUUCCUGCUGUUGGGAAUCCCAGGACUGGAAAAUAUGCAGUUCUGGCUUGGUAUCCCAUUUGGUACGGUGUAUCUGAUUGCCCUCCUGGGGAAUGUCAUCAUCCUUUUUGUGAUUCAGACUGAGCACAGCCUUCACCAACCCAUGUUCUACUUAUUGGCCAUGUUGGCUCUCACUGACCUGGGCCUCUCCACUGCCACCAUUCCCAAAAUGCUGAGCAUUUUCUGGUUCGGCUUCAGUGAGAUUGACUUUGGGGGAUGCUUAGCUCAAAUGUUCUUCAUACACCUGUUUACAGGCUUUGAAACAUUCAUGCUUGUAGCCAUGGCUUUUGAUCGCUAUGUUGCCAUUUGCCACCCUCUUCGAUACAACACAAUCCUCACCAACAGAACUAUUUGUAUUAUUGCUGGAGUAGGAAUGCUGAAAAAUUUUGCUUUGGUGCUUCCACUUGUGUUUCUCCUUCUAAGGCUUUCAUUCUGUGGGAAUAAUAUUAUACCUCAUUCCUAUUGUGAGCACAUGGGCAUUGCCCGCCUGGCCUGUGUCAGCAUAAAGGUCAAUGUAUUAUUUGGAUUAAUCCUCAUCUCUAUGAUACUUUUGGAUGUUGUUUUGAUUGCUCUCUCCUAUGUGAAGAUUCUACAUGCUGUCUUCAGACUCCCUUCCUGGGAGGCUAGGCUCAAAGCUCUUAAUACCUGUGGUUCCCAUGGAUGUGUCAUCUUAGCUUUUUUCACUCCAGCAUUUUUCUCCUUUAUGACUCAUCGAUUUGGCCACAAUAUUCCACGUUACAUCCACAUCCUCUUGGCUAAUUUGUAUGUAAUCAUCCCUCCUGCUCUUAACCCCAUUAUUUAUGGGGUGAGAACCAAGCAGAUCCGAGAGCAGGUAGUGAUGAUCUUCCUUUUUAAGGAAGUUUGACUACAAACACCUGAUUUGGAAAGAGUCUUAAAAUCUUUUUCCUUUUCAUCCAUAAAAGAGGCAAGUGUUGUUAAGCUUUUUUAGAGUAAAUGCUUUACAGUAUAUGAUGUUAAACACAAUGUUUCCUCAUUUAUGUGCAGCAUUAAAUUAGAGAUAAAUUGACAGAUAAUUGUUCCUAGACUAACUAUAAAUAUUAUUGUUAAAUAAAUACAGGUCACUUAUUUAUGUAAAUCAUACUAAAAUUCGGAUCCAAGGAUAAAGUCUUAGUGCAAUUCAAGUACUAUUUUUUUUUUUUGGAGUACUAUCAAUUAGUCUCUUUACAGAGUUCACUGAUUAUGGUGGAGUACUGAGCUGCCAAGAACCAUCAUAG